AUGGAUAUUCGGAAUCUAAUUGCGCCAGAUGAGGGCCGUAGCGACAGCAUCACUAGUUCUACUACCAGCUCACCAGAUAUUAGUAGAAGACCUACCAAAGUAGCAGCACUUCUUAACGACAAUAUUGAGGGGUCGCCAUUAGAUGUGCUAUCAACAGCUGCUGCUCAAGCGGCUUUUAGCACACGUCAAAACAGUGUAUCUUCUAUUACAAACCCCGUUAAUGUGAAUAAUUUGGUUCAUGGAAGUACGCCGAUUAGUCCAGUGGUAUCAAACAGUUCGCGCUCAAGUAUCAGUCAGUAUCAUAUCGAUGAGGAGCAACGAUUAGGUCACUAUCAACAAACCCAGGACCACCUCAGACUGCAAGAGAUUCAACAGACAACUUUACGUGACCAAGAAGAUGUGCGUUUUCGAGAAGAACAGGAACAACAUCGCCUCCGUGAACGACAGGGACAGCAAAUCCUUCACGAUCAACAACAAGAACUGAGAGAACAACAAUACUCUAGUCAUCAACAGGAAGGACAGGAACAACAAUACGAAGUGAAUAGGCAACAACCAUCUUUGCACCGGGGAUCCCUUCCAUCAUAUCAUAGAUCCUCAACUACCCAAAGUCCUACUCAGACCGUGAGUGAACCUAGUAGUCAAAAUUCUAGUGUAAGCCAUGGCCGACGGGCAGCUAAUGGUGACUCAAUCCCAAAUUCUGUGGAUGUUUCGCCAAGAACUACACAUAAGACGGUAAAACCGAAGAGAUACUCAACUCCACCUAUAUGGGCACAGAAGUACCGUGCCGCCAACGUCCAUACUCACAAAGGGCAAUCGCAUAUGUCAAAUGGAAAUGGAGCUGCUGACUCUCGUUCGCAUAGUAUUGUCGGAAGUGAAUCAGGGAUGAUCUCAGUAUCUGGACUACCAAUGAGUAUGACUGGCCAGUUGCCAUUUGAAGACCUCACUCGAAAAAUAACUGAAUGGGUUUAUAGUCACCUUUUGCAAUUAGGAGACGACCGUAAGUACGUCGAAGUUGAAUUCAAGCUAGGGACUGUACAUGACAAGAGCACAGAACGUCGACUUGAGCUACCAAUCGUGACUGAAACAUUACUCCGCUCAGAUUAUGCUAAGGCACAUACAUUUUUCAAAGCGGAGAUGUCUGAUGAACAGUUCAACCGGGCCAAUCAGUUAUUAGAUAAAUUAUCUGGAGUCAUUAGUAGCUUUGAUGAUAGGCCCUCUCGACGAAGAAAUAUGACCUCGCUAUCGAAAUUGCCGGACUCGAAAACAAGAGACGUGAUAUAUUCAAGCAAGUCUAAGGCAGAAAAAACGCGAAUCACAUAUGAUCAAGCUGAUAAUAUCAUUGCUUCAAUUUCGAAACGGAGGAUUAGUGAUCUGGUAAUAUAUUCACCAGGAGACUUGCUUGACUUCCGCGUAUCAAUUUCAGUUGAGACUCCUUUCGAAGAGCUGAAUUCUCUGCAGAGGCAACGACCUGACACAAUUCGCAACAAAAACCGACAGUCAUUCAGUCAGGAAGGGGUUCAAGUUGAUCUCACAUCUGUAAUUUAUCAUAACAAAGCUCAAAACAGCUCGAAGGAGUUGGAACUAGAACUUGAAUCCGAUAAGUUGCUCCUGUUUUUCAACUCGUUUCAAGACAAGUCAGACCCAAAGGCUAUGGAUAAAUUUGAAGAACUAAUUCGACUUGGUGUAGACAACACUCGAAUUGUAGCUCGGAGGCUCAGUCGUGAGUCUUAG